AUGUCUGACACAAUCCCCGCCUCCACCAGGCCCCAAGACAAGUUCGCUUACCUAUGCGAGAAGUACCCCAAUUCCGCCGACCACCUAAUAUCCUUCGCGGGCUACCAAGAAGCCGUGGCCGAGAUCAUUCCACCCAUUGAGUUGGAGAGGGCCCUACUAAGCCAGAUAAAACAUGAGUUGUGGACAUUGAUCUGCGAGGGAGCGGCGAGCGAAGAGCUAGAGGACUUUCUCGGUGAACUGCUGGAGCUGGUAUCCUGUAUGCUGGAGAGUAAACAGCGGGUUGAACUUCAUACGAAGGCUCUGGCGGAGUCUAUGCGGAGGGACGUUAGGUAG